AUGUUGAAUUAUGGAAAUGUUGUGCUCGCAUGUUUCCUAGGCUUUCUACCAAUUGUUCAAAUGGUAACUCUGGAACAAGGCCUCGCAAAUCCCGAUAAGUAUAUACGUUAUGACAGAAGCGAUUUCAAUAUUGGAAUGCAUGUUGGUCUUUCCCUGAUUAUUAUCACUUGGGUACAAAAGGAAACGUCAUACAUAAAUGAAAAUUACAAGCUUCAAUUUGAAUUUUGCUUGGUUGUACACAUAAGGCGCACCAGGAUAUACAUUCUGGUGUACAAAUGUUUGAGGGGAAUUAAAUCGUUCGUUGGUUUUGCUUGCCCAAUCAAUAUUUCGAGCAAUAUUACUGCCCGUGUUUACACCACUGUUCGAAUUGCUUCUUUCACACUUUUUUGAUUUGUACUCAUAUAUUUAGUUAAUUUUCUGUUCAUUCAUGUUUUUGUAUUCAGUAUUAUAUUCCAAGUUGUUAACAGUUGUACUGAGUCACCCUUGUUAUAUGUAUCCGGUGUGACCUUAAUGAAUAUAGAUUCUGUUAUAAGUCUCUCUUUCCAUUUGUUCAUAUUAGUUUCUAGAAUACACACAUUGUUCCAAUCGAUAUUGUGGUUUUUGUCCCAUGCAUGUGUGGCUAUCGAUGAAUUUUUUUUUCAAGAUCCUUGUAGGCUUGUGUUCCUGUUGGUUGACCUCUGGUUAGGCGUUUUUGUUUAUUCACUCUUAUAUUAAGUGAUCUGGACGUUUGACUCACGCAAUUGGUCGGACAGUCAGCACAAGGUAUUUUGUAAAUCAGAUUGUUUUUAUCCAUCAUUUUUAUGGGAUCUUUCAGUGGAUUUAUUUUAUUUUUUAUUAGAUUCGUCGGUUUAAACGGUGUGUGAAUACCGAUAUUUUUGAGGUUUCUUCGAAUUGACUCUGAUGGACAGUGGUGUUAACAAGGGCAGUAAUUUUGCUCGAAAUAUUAUCAAUAACAAAACUUAUCAUUGUGUGUAAUCCAUUGAAAUAUAGUUGUACUUUAUUUAAUGUCACAUCACAGCUUAUUUUUUAUGAAUACAGUACAAAUCCUUUCUUGAGGAAAUGAUCAGGGCGUGGUAUUAAUGUGAUGCUUUGGUUAUUAUGAUAUGAGAAUAAAUUGAAAUCUGAGUAUAUGACAGUAUACAGUGCAUGACAGCUGACAGAAAAUAAUUCAAUA